CGCGCGGCGCCGAACAGCCUGCCGGGAGCUCGGGGCGCCAUGGCGGCGCCCAGCCUGCGGGGUCGCCUGGCGCGACUCGGAACCUCGCAGAAGCCGGUGCUGAAGCCCAACAAGCCGCUGGUUCUAGCUGACCGCGUGGGGGAACGCCGCCGGGAGCGGGGCGAGGCGACCUGCAUCACGGAGAUGUCGGUGAUGAUGGCUUGCUGGAAGCGGAACGAAUUCCGCGACGACGCGUGCAGGAAGGAGAUCCAGAACUUCUUCGAUUGUGCAUCGAGGGCCGAGGCAGCCCGAAAGAUGAGAUCCAUCCAGGAUACUGUAGCGUCUGGGAGUUUACCCCCCAAGAAAAUGAAUAAGUUGUUGCAGAGGUUUCCUAACAAACCUCACGUGAGCUGAAAACAGAGGUACUUUCAAUGACUGGACUGUGGCUUUUGAGAACUAUGCAAAAGUUAUUUUCUGAGGCAUUUGCACUACCCUGUCAUUUUUGAAAGGUAAAGAAGGCCAAACAUUUUUUUUUUUUUAUCCUUUGGAAUCCUUGGAAGCUAAGCAGUAUCUUGAAUAAAUUCCUAUAUAUA